UGCACUAGGUGCCGCUUUGCUGGCGGUCAUGCCGAAGCGCUUGGAUCAUACAAAACAAGGCCACGCGCGCGUGUGCGAUGCAUUCCAAGAAGCGUAGCUAAUUGGAACUGGAAACGUUCCAACACCUAACGACAUUCUAAGCGAGAAGCCUGCUUGUACUCCAUCUUUAACUCUCAUGCAAAGCAGGGAAGCGAGGCACACUAGACACUACUACUGGUUGAUAAUUAGCUCCGGGAUACUGAGUUGGAGUCGAUCAAUGGGAGCAACGAAGAUGACGGCCUCGCCAUUCCCGACGGUGCACAAGUGCUCGUCGGUGGACCGGAGCGACGACACGGUGGUGGCCGACCUGGACGGGACGCUGCUGUGUGGCCGGAGCUCGUUCCCGUACUUCGCGCACAUGGCGUUCGAGACCGGCGGCCUGCUCCGGCUGCUGCUGCUCAUCGUCCUGGCGCCGCUCGCGGGCCUGCUCUACUACCUCGUGUCCGAGUCCGCCGGCAUCCAGGUGCUCAUCUUCGCCUCCAUGGCCGGCGCCGAGGUGGCCGAGAUCGAGGCCGUGGCGCGCGCGGUGCUGCCCAAGUUCUACUGCUCCGACCUCCACCCGGAGUCGUGGCGCGUGUUCUCGUCGUGCGGGCGCCGGUACGUGCUCACCGCGAACCCGAGGAUCAUGGUGGAGGCCUUCCUCAAGGAGUACGCCGGCGCCGACGCGGUGCUCGGCACGGAGCUCGUGGUGUGGCGCGGCAGGGCGACGGGGCUCGUCGCCUCCCCCGGCGUGCUCGUCGGCGAGAAGAAGGCCGCCGCGCUCAGGCAGGCGUUCGGCGAGGCCAGGCCGGAGAUCGGUCUCGGCGACAGGAAGACGGACUACCCGUUCAUGCGGCUGUGCAAGGAGGGGUACGUGGUGCCGGCCCCGGCGCCGGGGCUCAGGCCCGUGCCGCGGGAGGACCUGCCGAAGCCAGUGAUCUUCCACGACGGCCGCAUCGUCCAGAAGCCGUCACCGGCGCUCGCGCUGCUCACCGUGCUCUGGAUGCCAGUCGGCUUCCUGCUCGCCUGCCUCCGCAUCGCCGCGGGCGCGCUCCUGCCGAUGCGCGUGGUGUACCACGCCUUCACCGCCCUCGGCGUGCGCGUCACCAUCAAGGGCACCCCGCCCCCGCCGGCCAGCCUCGAGACGGGCCAGACCGGCGUUCUCUUCAUCUGCUCCCACCGCAGCCUCCUCGACCCGAUCUUCCUCUCCACCGCCCUCGGCCGCCCCAUCACCGCCGUCACCUACUCCGUAUCACGGCUGUCCGAGAUCCUGUCGCCGAUCCGCACGGUGCGGCUGACCCGCGACCGCGCGGCGGACGCGGCCAUGAUCCGGCGCCUGCUCAAGGAGGGCGACCUGGUAAUCUGCCCCGAGGGCACGACGUGCCGGGAGCCGUUCCUGCUGCGGUUCUCGGCGCUGUUCGCGGAGCUGACCGACGAGAUCGUGCCGGUGGCGAUGGAGAACCAGAUGAGCAUGUUCCAUGGCACGACGGCGCGCGGGUGGAAGGGGCUGGACCCAUUCUACUUCUUCAUGAACCCGAGCCCGGGGUACGUGGUCACCUUCCUCAACAAGCUUCCCCAUGAGCUCACCUGCAAGGGCGGCAAGACCAGCCACGAGGUGGCCAACUACAUCCAGAGGCUCAUCGCAUCCACGCUCUCCUACGAGUGCACCAGCUUCACCAGGAAGGACAAGUACAAGGCGCUCGCCGGCAACGAUGGCUCUGUCGUCUCCAAGCCCAACAUCGACAAGAAGAAGGUCAUGGGUUCAUGACAAAACCACUACUGAUUAUUGAAGGCUAAAUAUUAAUCUCCAACCAAAAGAGCCAAUAUGUGACAAUAUUCAUGCUUCCUACUCGCUUUCGAUUAUGCAUGAUUUCGUUAUAUAUUUUUGUCUAUUUGAUGAGUUGAUCAUGUAGCCACCAACCACGCAUCUAGAUCUGAAAGUAGCAUAAUAUAUAACUUUAUGCGACCACA